GUGGUAAUUGUGUAUAAUACUAUAAUAUCUAUUCCCUUACUGGCGUGAAAGACCAGCGAUUAAUAAUUUUAAUUUUAAUCUCAAUAUCAAAAUAUCUUUUCAGUUUAGUCGUCACUGAUUUCACGUCUAUCGUUUUAAUUAGAUUUAUACCAUUAAAAACCUUUUUCAAUUCCGUUUAAAUCAUGGACAAAGACUUAACGAAUUUWAAAAAAUGGUUCCGACAACUGGGACUGGAAGAUGAUGGCAAAAUAAAUGAAGAGGUGCUAAAGAAGCUGAUGCCACCCCAGCGACGAGAUAUGUGGAGACACAUUAUUAAACAUGUACGUCCCAAAGAAGAGGUGGAUUUGAUUAAGAAAUCUCUGUUGUUACAUAAACUCCAAAAACGUCAAAAACCGUUGUUGUCGAAAGUGGAAUCCGAUAUUGAUCUUGCCAAUGCAUAUAAAUAUGAAGAUUUGAUAACAAAGUAUAAUAAGAUUCAAAAGGAGAUUGUUGAUGCCAAAAUAAAUAACAAACAGUUUAAAAUGAAUUUAAAUGAAAAAAUUGAACAAAAAAGAAAUAUUAUUAAAAAUAUUGAAAAUAAGCAAGACAUAUCAUAUUUAGMUAAUCAUAAAACAGAAUAUUAUAAUGAAUUUAUCAAAAUGUAUAGUGAAUUGUCAAAUAUUUGUGAAUAUUUUUCAAGAGAACCAAAUAAAGAUUUGACCAAGGCUGAUUAUGAGGAUUCAUUGAUUAUAUGUUGUACCGAAGUAGAUGAUGCUAAACAAUCGGAUGUAAUGAAUGAUAGUGUAAAUAUUGGAAAAAAGUUGUGCAAUGCUAUAUAUUCAACUAUAUGUGACAAAUCUCCUGCUGUUUUACUCCAAACUGUUGAAGAUAAUCUAACCUUUAAUAUAAAUAGAAGUAAAGAGACAAUUAGAGAGGCUAAAGAAGCAGUAGAACAUGACAAUGCCGAUGAAAUUGUGUAUGAUGAAGUACUUAAGAAACUUUUUCAAAAGCAAUUAGAGUUAGAAUCAAAUUUAUCCAACUCAUUAACUGAAAAGAAAUGUGUUUUUGAAAAUUUAAAAAAGAUAACACAUCUGGUUAAAAAUGAUGUUAUUAGUCAAUACAAAUURAAAAAUUUAUCAUGUACUGAACGUGAACUUCAAGUAUUUAUGAAAAAUGUAAAAGAAACUUUUCAAAUGUGGUUUAAAAAUAGUUUAGAAUGUUCAAAAGAAACUGUAUUCCAAGGAAAUAUGAUUUUUGAUGAUCAAUCAUUAAAAAUCUUAGAUGAGAUUUUGGAGAAAACUAACACCUUAAAUGAAGAAAUAAAUCAAAAAAAGAUAAUUGUAGGUGAAAUGUUAAAAGAAUUAAAUGAUAAAAAAWGUGAUUUUGGAUUAGUGGAAAUAAAAACAGUUAUGGAUAGUUUAGCUGAAAAUUAUUUAAAUAGAAAUAUUAACAGUAAUUUGAUUAGUCGGACAGUAACUUCUAUAAAAUCUUCUGUAGUUAUGRAUGUUAACAAUAUGAAUAAAUUAACAAUUAAAUCAACUCCAAGGUUAAGUUAUAUACAUUUACGGACUUUGAAAGGUAUGAAACAACACUCUGAAAUAAUUGAUAUUAUUUCUGAAAAAGCAAAAAACUUUGAACAGUUCAGCAUGGUUAUAUCAACUGAAAAUAGUCUUAAAGAAAUUAUACAUAAAGAAAAUAUUCAUAAAUCAGAAUUUGAAAGUAUAAUUUCACAAAUGGAAAAUAAUAUUUCAGAGUUAAAGUUGUGCAUAGAAGAUAGUAAACUUGUAGCUAACAUUUUGUAAGU